CCUUUUCCGAAUGCAACAGAUUGCAUGGUACCGUACAACGUGUAUGUACUUCAAACGCGCAAUCAUAUUCCCUUUGCGGCUUUGCCUGAUCCGUCUCGAUCCCCUUCUCUCUUCGGCUGUUCCUCCGCUGAUUUCCUGAUUUUACUACUACUACUUCGAAACGCGUCAUCAUCGGAAACAUCGAUCAACCAUCUGCGUAUAAUACCUUUCUCUUCUCCUCCUCUGUCCCUGGCUUGCUCCUACGUGAAAGCUCCUGGGAAUCACGAGUAUAGAUUGAUUGGAGUGUGGAGUUCGUCCAGGCAUCGCAUCAUGUGCUAGCCAAUGCUCACAAGCGAUUCGGUUUCUCAGUUGGCCGUUUAAAUCGGCCGAUCUCGUUCUCCUCCGCCUCGUCCAUGCCGAGGAGUUCGAUCGUGUUUGCGCGGCUAAUUCCUUUUGCCGCGUAGCUCCUCGUACGCUUGCGUUUUGUUGGUUUCCAUCGUGACAAGAAGCUAGCAUGAAGGGCGCGGUCGACGACGUCUUCCUCAAGGCAAUGUUCGCGAGGAAGGAGUCUUCGUCGUCUCCGUCUCCCUCCUCCAGCUGCCUCACCAAGGCCGUCAUGCUCCUCGUGAUCUUCGCCGUGGGCGUGGUCGCCGGCCUCUUCACGGCCACCGGGCCUUCCCGCUGCGCCCAGUGCCACAGCAGCAGGGUCGUGUUCCCGAGCACCGCCGCCACCGUGUACCCCGACGCCGAUGCCGAUGCCGUUCCCGGCUUCGCGGAGUUCGCGGCCCCGACGCGGUUGAUGCACGGCAUGACGGACGCGGAGCUCUUCUGGCGCGCCACCAUGGUGCCGGCCCCGGGCGCGUACCCGUUCAAGCGCGUCCCCAAGGUGGCCUUCAUGUUCCUCGCCGGCCGCGGCGUCCUCCCGCUGGCCCCGCUCUGGGAGCGCUUCUUCCGCGGCCACGAGGGCCGCUUCUCCGUCUACGUCCACGCGCCGCCCGGGGUCGCCAUCAACGUGUCCAGCGACUCGCCCUUGUACCGCCGCGAGAUCCCAAGCCAGGCGACCUCGUGGGGCUCGGUGUCGCUGAUGGACGCGGAGAAGCGACUGCUGGCGAACGCGCUGCUGGACUUCUCCAACGAGCGCUUCGUGCUGCUCUCCGAGAGCUGCAUCCCCGUGCAGCCCUUCCCGGUGGUGCACGACUACCUCGUCGGCUCCCGGCACAGCUUCGUCGAGGUGUACUACGUGCCGAGCAAGCAGUGCCGGGGCCGGUACAACCGACGCAUGGCGCCGGACAUCACGCUGCGCCAGUGGAGAAAAGGGUCCCAGUGGUUCGAGCUCAGCCGUGACGUGGCCACGGCCGUCCUGGCCGACGCCAAGUACUACCCGCUCUUCCGGAAGCACUGCCGGCCGUCGUGCUACCCCGACGAGCACUACAUCCCGACGAUGGUGAACAUGCUCCACGGGCACCGGAACUCGAACCGCACCAUCACAUUCGUCGACUGGUCCAAGGGGGGACCUCACCCGGCCAAGUACGGCGCCGGCGAUGUCACGGUGGAGCUGAUCCAGAGAAUCAGGAGGAGGACUGGGAGGCCCUGCCUGUACAAUUCUCGGCCGACGUCGAUGUGCUUCCUCUUUGCGAGGAAGUUCACGCCUGACAUGCUCGGACCACUGCUCAACAUGUCGUCGGCGGUCAUGGGGUUUUAGUUUCCGUCACCGUACGUCGACAAAUUCGGGCGCUCCAAUGUUUUCAUACUUAGGAUGUAUACAAAUUCUUGUCAGGUAACUGUAACUGAUGAACAUACAGAAGGGCUGCAUUUGCCGGCUUCUUGUCGAAUUUGCUACAGUAGGAUGUGCGAAAGGAAACAAGAAGGUUUGGUUAGGCUAGGCAUAAGCAGCACAUCUCGUUGACUGGUCGAGUCUUUGAUGCCUAGUUGUCCCAUGGUAUUAGUGCAGCACCUAC